AUGCCAACAAUCAAACUUGAAAUUGUCGAAGCUCAUAAUUUAAUGAUCGCUGACAUUACCAGCAGUGAUCCAUACGUUGAAAUACAAGCCUCCAACGACAAGAAAAUCCUCAAAACUAAAGUCAUCAAGAAGAAUUUAAACCCAGUUUGGAAUGAAGAAUUUAUUAUCGAUCUGGAAAAUCCAAAACUUGAUACUUUGCAAUUUACUGUGAAAGAUUGGGAUCGAUUUUCAAAGGAUGAUCCAUUGGGAAAAUGUAAAAUUGUCAAUUUUUCGAAUUUCAUGAUGGGACAGACAAAUGACUUGUGGUUGAAUUUGCAAGAUAGUGAAACAGAUGCGAAAUUGCAUGUGGUUGUGACGCCAAUUGAUUUUGGAAAGUGUUUGCCAUGA